AUGGUACAGAUGCAGCAGAAAGCCUUAAAGCAGACCUGUGACCAUAUUACUGAAAAAUUAACCAAAGAAAUGUGUGACUUAGAUGGGGAAACUGACGAUAAAGGGAACCUUACCUCCACAGUGAUUUCAGAUGAAUAUUUAGUCCAUUUCCGCAGUCCUUGGUUGACCAAAUUCAUACCUUUGGUCUAUACAGUCGUAUUCCUCCUAUCGCUGCCUUUGAACGUAACAGCAAUCAUGAUAUUCCUGUUCAGAAUCCACCUGAAGAAGCCAUCGGUGGUGUUCAUGUUUAACUUGGCUGUUGCCGACGUCCUUUUCGUCAUCUUGUUGCCGUUCAACAUCGUUUACCGAUUCUCAGGAAACAAUUGGGUGAUCGGAGAAGGAAUGUGCCGCUUUGUCACUGCCGCUUUCUACUGCAACAUGUACUGCUCCAUCCUGCUCAUGACCAGUAUCAGCGUGGACCGGUUCCUUGGUGUAGUUUACCCGUUUCAGUCCCUUACAUGGCGCACCGUGAGCAGAGCCUGGCUGGUGUGUCUUCUCAUCUGGAUGGUUUCCAUUGCCGGCACCGUGCCGCUCCUUGUAAACAAGCUAACUGUUCCAAUUUACCAGAUGAAUAUCACCACUUGCUAUGAUAUGUUGAAUAUGAAAGACAUUCAGAGGUUUUACUUUCCUUAUUUUACCACUUAUAUUUCCGCUUUCUUUUUGUUGCCUUUUAUCGUUACGACUUUUUGUUACGUAAUGACCAUCAGAAGUCUGAGCUCACCGAAAUCUGGAAACCCAAACAAAAAGUCCCGAGCUAUCUUCCUUUGUGCCGUUGUACUUUUUGAAUAUAUCUUCUGCUUUGGCCCGACUAACGUCAUCUUUUUCAUUUAUUAUCUGAAUUUCGAUAAGUCAUUUGGCAACUCCGUGUAUUUUGUCUACAUCCUGUCUGCCAGUGUCUCUACCAUCAGCUGUUGUCUGGAUCCUGUUGUCUAUUAUUACGGCUUUUCAAAGUCUCAGAAACUAGAGUACAAGUUGGUUUGUUGUGGCAAAACUAUGGUUGAUUUCAUAGAGUCGUUUACCCCUUCAAGAACCACGGGAAGGGAGACAUCCAGCCAAACUCUGUAGAGCGGGACAUGAAGCUGUUUCUUCUGGGACUUGCUUGAGGAAUGGGUGUCGAAAAAAUACCCCCAAUGGAAAACAUAUCACCAAUGUGUUUUAUUAAAGUGCAUCUGAUUAUUAUUGUUUUGCAGCAUGCGGGCAUUUUGGGCCACUGCAACUAAUUUAAUAUGUGAUUUGUCUGUUUAGUGCUAGUUAGUUCUGUCCUGGCUAGAUGCUCCUUGUUUCUUGACUAGUGUAGCCCAGAGAUACCCACCAUUAUAAUAGCCAUUAUACAAUUCUACUCCCCCCCAUACUUAAUCCCCCUAAAAUAACGAGACCACACCUUAAUUUGGAGUAAAAUUUGCCCAUAACAGCCUAUUUAUUUAAACACUGUAGGGUAAAAAACUCCAACUCAAGAAAAUCAAAUAUAAAAUAAACAUAUAACAUAAACAAGUAACAUCAUUACCACAGUCUGUUGGUCUUUUCUGGCAGCCCCCCAAACUCAAACCAUCUUUAACCAAUGCACUGCGGGCCCAUAUAACAACAAGGCCUCCAGCCAUGUAGUCCGCUCGGAGACAACCCCCGCCCGCAGUGCAACAAAUACGGUAUCCAGCAAGCCUUCCGCUGAAAUACACCGGAGGGGCACAUACUGUCGAUGAGCCCCCCACCCGUUUUAUCACAUUUCUUACUGCCACCGUAAAAGACCAACGGACAAAAAUACCGCCCACACAGCUGUCAUGACAACCAUCUUCCCGUGCACCUGCAAAAUAAAAAAACACACAGCAACAACAUGUAUAAAACACAG